CGCCGCCGCCGUCGCCCAAGGCAGAGCCGCGCCAGCGCUCGCGCCUGCCACGGCUUCCGUGCGACCCCGCAUCCACCGCCGCGUGUCCCGCUGCGGACACGGACGCCGAGGAUGGCCGCAGCGUCCCUGGAGCCCUAGCGCCCGCGCUAUAAAAGCGGCAGCAGCCGCUCGCCCUUCUUCUACCCGCCGCCGCCGCCAUAGCCGACUCGAAGCUCCGCACCCUCACCAAGCGCCUCGACCCCGACCUCGCCCCGCGCACCUGCACCACCGAGCUCGGUCACGCCGUGACGCCGUCGAUCGCCACCACGAUGUCGCCCGCAACUGCGUCGCCCGAGCGUCUCGUCCUCGGCACCACCUCGGCACUCGCACCGCGCCCUCGCCGAGCAGCAGCAGAGCCGCGGCCAUGGCCUCGCCCUGCCGACGCCGCCAAGCACCACUGCGCCCGCCUCGGCCGUGCCCCUACCUCUGUGUCAAGCUUCAUCACCACGCGGGGGUCAGCCGCGGUGCCGUCCUCGCUGCGCAGCGGCCUCGCCCGGCGACGUCGAGCCCGCUGCCCUCGCCGCGUCGAGCUUCGACCACGGCCGGCCGCGUGGACGCCACAGCCCGGCCGAGCCUCUGCCUCGCCACCGUGGGAGUCGCCGCGGCCACGACGCCUUCAGCCCCGGCGCCCCUCCGCGUCUACGACGGUGUCGACCGCGAGCCCCCGUGCUGUCAUGGAGCUUACCUCGUCGAGCCGACACGCCGUCGACAGAGCCACCGAUGCCGCGCGCCGGGCACCAGAGCAAGCCCCUUCGCCGAGCACCCGAUGCGCCCCGUUGCCGCGGCCACGCCAGGACAUCGCCAUGGUCACCGCGUCAGCGCCGGCCGUGGUGAUCGCGACCCCGACCACGACGCCGUGCUCAUCUUGCCACGGUGACCGCGAACUUCCCUUUUGCUGGCUGCCGAUCACCACUGAACGUGCAGCAGCGGCAGCACCACCCCGCGCGAAGCUCUUCUCUGCCGCCGGGAUGCUGCACCCAUGUCGUGCCACUUGCCGGAGCCGUUGGACUUAACAUCGCUGCUGUUGGAGCACCGAACCUCGAGGCGUUGCCGAACCCCAAGACUUCUCUUUCAGAUGCACCCCGGCCACUUGCAGCAAGCCGCGACCAAGCUGUAGAAGCCCUCUGCCAUCCUCGCCCGCAAGUCGCUUCGAGGUUAGCGUUGAUCGGACCAGGACCAGUUGAAGGAAGAACAUGUAGAAAGGAGGAUCUUGGAUGAGUACAACUACAAGUGAACUGAGGAUCUUGGAAAUGUCACUCGACAGUUUUGAUGCAGGUGGAACUGCUAUGGAUUCUGCACCAUCAUGUAGGCCAUGGGAACAUGGAGACUUGCUUCGCCGACUGGCAACAUUUAAGCCUUCAACUUGGGCUUCUAAACCGAAGGCUGCUAGUUCAUUGUCCUGUGCUCAGAGAGGUUGGGUGAACGUUGACCUGGACAAAAUUGAAUGUGAGUCAUGUGGUGCACAUCUAAUCUUCAAUGCAUUGACAUCCUGGUCCCCUGUUGAAGUUGCAAAUGCUGGAGAAUCCUUUGCCGAGCAGCUUGAUGCAACACACCAUAAUAGUUGUCCCUGGAGAGGCAAUAACUGUGCUGACAGCUUGGUCCAACUUCAUCUUACACAAUCAGCUCUUAUUGGAGGGUUUAAAGAUCGCUGCGAUGGGCUUUUACAGUUUACCUCACUUCCUGUGAUUGCACCAUCUGCAAUUGAGAACAUGAAGCUUUCCAGGAGCGCACAAAUUGAUCGUCUGUUGUCCCAGUCAAUUACCUUUUUAUCUGGUAUUCUGGGCUGCAGAGCAGAGAGUACAGCAGGAAUUGAUAUCCACCAAGAUUUCUCUUGUAGCUACUCUCAAGCACAGAAGCUCAUAAGCCUGUGUGGAUGGGAGCCUAGGUGGCUUCCAAAUGUUCAAGACUGUGAAGAAAAUUCAACGCAUUCAGCUAAAAAUGCACCGUCAGUUGGACCUGAUGAACGGUUCUAUCCCCAUUUUGUUGAACAUAACAAAAAUUCAUUUUCUGCAUCAGCCAAGAAAGAUAAGGGGAAAGGCAAAUUGCCUGUUGGAGAUUCUGGAUGCAGCAUGAGGUCACCGUUAUUAGAUUGUAACCUGUGUGGAGCUACAGUCAGGAUGCGGGACUUUAGACCUGUAUUACGUCCUUCUCGUUUUAGUCCGAAUAACAUUGAUGUGCCUGAAACAGGCAGAAAGCUAACACUGACACGUGGAGUUAGUGCCACCAGUGGUAUCAAUGAGUGGGUUACUGAUGGGGUCGACAGAGGUCAAGAUGAAGGGCGUGAUGAAGCAGCAACAGAUGAGGGAAAACCACUGUCACUUGUUGGAGUAGACCUAAACCUAUCAAUGGCUGGAGGAUUACCGUCACCUCAAUCUGCCAUGCCUGCUAUGUCAGAGCGGUUCAAUAAUGGAGGAAUGGGAAGGGACCUGAUGAUUGGAGAGCCUACAGGCAGUGAAGUAGGUGAUUGUGAAACCUCAUAUGAGUCUCGUGGUCCGAGUUCAAGGAAGCGUAACCUUGAGGGAGGUGGGAGCACAGCUGACAAUCCACAAGAUAGGCUGCAGCAUGCUGAUAGCAUAGAAGGAAAUUUCAUUGAUCGUGAUGGUGAGGAAGUUGAUGAUGAUGCUGAACAAGAUUCAGAUGUCCCAAAUAAGAAGUCCCGUGGGUUUGAUCUGUUUGAUGCCUAUCGUCCUUCUUCUGGAGCUGGUCCCAGUAGAAACUUGUCCUUUGACCCUGAUCCGGAUGCUGGUAUGUUCAGUCAUUCAAGAGCAAUUGACCUGGCAGCUGUUGAGCGUCUGACUGCUAGGGAUUCUCUAAGAGCAUCUUCUGUUAUUGCAAUGCAUACUAUUCAUACUUCUGAGGAAGAUUCUAUGGAGAGUGUUGAGUAUUAUCUAGGUAAUGGUAAUGAUAUCGAUAUGCCUUCUUCUAGUGCACAAAGGAACAUUGAAAUGAAUGAUGCCUUGGAUCUUAACUAUAGCAACCAAGCACAGCAAAGUGCUAAUGCACAUGCUGGUGCUGGAAGCGAUGCAAGAGAAAUAGGAGGAAGCAGUACAAAUGAAGGGGAGGAAGUCAUUAAUGCUGAAACAGCUCCUGCUUUCGGAAGGGAUCAACUUAGUUUAGGAAUUAGUGGUGGCAGUGUUGGCAUGGGAGCUAGUCAUGAGGCUGAAAUUCAUGGAAAUGCUGCUUCUCUGCACAGAGCUGAGAGUGUUGUAGGUGAUGUCGAACCUAUUGCUGAGCUUACUGAGACAAUGGGUCAGACUGGUGAAUCAGCUCCAGGACCUGGAUUAAUGGAUGAAUUUGUACCUGAAGUAGAUCGAGAAGAACCUCAUGGAGACAGCCAAGAUACGGUGUCUCGGUCAGUCGGCCAAGCCGACAGUGGAUCAAAAAUAUAUGGCUAUACCAAAGCUGAUUCUAUUGAAAGUGGAGAAAAGAUAGGUCAUGCCACCGGUAAUGGAAGCAGCAUGCGUCCUUCCCUUUCUUGCAAUGCAGGGACGUGUGGUGCUUUUGAUCUGUCUAAAGAUGAUGGGACACAAACUAGCAAAAUACUUACUACUGAUGAUGCAUUAAUGGGGUUAGAUUAUGAUCCUGGGAAUGGAUUAGGAGCUACUAAUGGAGAAAAUGACUAUGAAUCGGGUCUGCUGGAAUUUGAUCCUGUUAAUCAUCACAAUAGUUACUGCCCAUGGGUGAACAGAAAUGUUGUAGUGGCUUGCUGUAACAACAUUGGCUCCAGCUCAAGUAGUUCAGCGCCCUCUGGUUGGCAGUUAACAAUAGAUGCAGUUGACACGUACCAAUCACUUGGUCAAGCUCAAAAUCAAAUAAUGCAAUCUGAUUCUGCAGCUUCAUUAUAUAUGGAUGAUCAAAUAACUCGUAACCACAAGGUAGGGAGACGGCCUUCUGUGAGCAGAAGCUUUGGGAAGUGCUGAUCGGAACUCCUGUACCUUAAGUGUUCCUUAGACAGAAGUAACAUUCCAGAAGUUCCAGAUUGGUGUAACAGGAGAAACGAAAUAAUACUCAGAUAGUCUCAAUAGAUCAUUGUCACCCCUUGGGUGUGACCUUAUAGUUGUUUAUGUUGUUGUGUAUUGAUAUAUCGUAUCAUAUAUAUGUAUUUAUAUUCCGAAAGGGUUGAUUCAACUGUCUUCAUUUGACAGGAACAUGUUCAAGUGAACUAGAUACUAUAUGGGGAACUUAUAUAAA